AUGUUGAGAGCGGCCUGGUACUUCCUGGGCGCUGCGCUCGUUGCGGCUCAGUCCACCAGGCCAUGGGACUCAACGGAGCCCUUUCCCGUGGACACGCGCAUGCCUCCCUUUGGAGAGCGCGCCAGCAACCCUGUGAAAGUCUCGAUACGCUUGUCGGACCUGGCUUCCUUCGAUGAAGCAAACGAGCGGCUCGCCGUUUACGCCGUGGUCUUUCUGGAGUGGCCGGACCAGCGUUGGUUCAAUGCGUCGGUGAAAUUGGUGAAUGAUAUCUGCACGUCUUCCGGGGGUUGCAGCACCGAAGACUUUCAGCGCGCUCUGCAAUGGGGAGAAGGCUGGAUUAAAGGGAUCUUUGGUCAGACGGCAAACUCUUUCUUCCGUGCUGUCAGAAGCUUUGGUGAGAAUGUCGGUUUCGUCAUUUCUGAAGAUGUGUGGACGCCCAUUCCCCCGCACCUCUUCUUGAAGACCUCCAACAAUCCUCUUGGGAAGACAGAGUUUGACCCAGUGAUCUACAUGGUGCCCAAAAACUCGAGCACGUUUUUUGAGGCUGUGUGGUUGGAUAGAGCGCGGACCUUCUUUGACGUGAUCCUCUCCUAUGAGCAUUUUCCCUUCGACCAGCAGUCCCUUGACCUCUGUUUGAACUUCGACUACUUCACCCUCCCAGCACACGCAUCGGUGAGUGAGGAUUUGGUCAAGCGUCUGGCCGAGAGAUGGGACAGCGCAUCCGACAUCUCAAGUAUCCUGUCAUCGAAGUUUGUUGCUGGCAUGGAGGGGCAGGGCUUUGAGGUCGUCAGUGUCGACGUCAGGGAGAAGGUGGCAUCGGAGAUGGGGAGCGCCCUGUGCAUCAACAUCAAGAUACAGAGGCGCGUCUCCAUCCUGAUCCUGCGCUUCUUCUGGCCAUUGACUGCGUUACUCUUCAUACCCUUCGCGGGCUUCUUCAUCCCCAUUGAGCUGGUGAUGCCGCGUGUGGCCACUGGUUUCAUCUCCUUCCUGUCCUUGCAGGUCUUCAGGACCAUGGCAUACACCAUGAUUCCGAAGAAGUCCUCAUCGCUCCUCUGGAUGGAUGUGACGAUGUUCUCAGUCACGGUCAUCAUGUUUGCCAGCGUGCUCGAGAAUGUCCUUGCGCAAGCCAUGCGCGCCAACGUGUCGAGCCUAGCCGCGCGCUACGUGGACAACUUGUCACGCGUGACGUUCCCACUGGUAGCCACACUGAUGCUGAUGAUUGUUUUCUUCAUGGGAGGCGCGAAGGCAGAUGCAAUGUUGAACUUUACCGUGUGCUUGCUUCUUCUGAGCUUUUGGCUCCUGGGCUUUGCCACAGCCGUCGUUGUGUACGUGCGCCGCUUGCCUCACAUGCUCAUGAAGACCCUGGUGAAGCAGAUUGUGCACACAGACUUCCGCUAUGCAAGCGUGCUUUCAAUGGACCAGAAAGAGCUUACCCUUGUCUUCAAGCAGCUCGAUGCCGCUGGGCUGCCUUGGAACAAAGUUUAA